AUGGGGGAGCCCUUGGUUGUAUCCUUUACCUUUCCAUCGCUCAAAACACUGAGCUGCUGUUUAAAGUACCUCUCUCUACAGGGUGGUGCCAUAAGACUUGUUCAUUCAAGGCGAGUGGGAUCCUCUGAGGUGCAUUUGAGUGGAUCCGGCGUCCCAGAAUGCAGUUAUUCUGAAGUUGUUGUCGAAGUUCGCGAGAAUGGUGGGGUGGUCAAGACAGCGUCUGCAGAUGCUGCAAACGAUGAAGAUGAUAUUUCGUGGGUGGUUGAUGGCCCACUGCUUGUUCGAGUCCUACGUAUUUUUGAGGGAUAUGGAUCGUUAACCGUUGGUUUGGGAUGUGACCUCACUAGUGUCGUUCUGUAUUCACAGGGAUCCGAGCGAUGGGCCAAAAUUGGCGCUCUUCAUGAUCUUGGACCGCUUCUGAGAGUCGAGCACGAAGGAACAGUUCUUCACCGUGUCUCUGACGUUGAGGCAUUCUGUCACAUUGUGCAGUUUGUUGCAACAUCACCAGACGCCACAUGUGCUGUCAUCCUGCGCUUUGAUAACUUGCAGUCAUUUGUAGAACUUAGAACUUCGGCCGCCACGGCCUCUGCUCUCGUUAAUGGUGAAUCCCUACAACGUCACUUUGAGGGUUGUGCAAGAACUGCAGAGCUUUCUGCCUUUGCCGAGUUGGCCUUGCGGUUCAUUGCAAGUGCCACGCUUUUCGUUGGAUUUGGCAUGGAAAAUUUGGCCAUGUUUAAACUGGAGUGGCAUUCAGUUCCUUCUGAAGUGUCAACCGCCUUCUUGUAUUUUUGUACCAGUUAA